AUGUUCGAAUUCCUUCGAGACAAGAAGGAUGGGUCGAGUGAAGUCCCUGCCUCUAGAUUCAACGUGGACGGUUUCUACAAUGCUGCAGAAUUUCCGUAUUCGAUGAGGACACGCAGAGCAUACUUUCUGAGUGAUGACAUCGCGAUGAUGGAUGCAACCUUCUUCGGCACCUCGGAGUUGGAGGCUUCGGGAGCAGAUCCUCGAGCAAGGCUUCUCUUAGAAGUCGUCUACGAAUGCCUGGAGAACGCCGGAGAAAUUGACUACCGCGGAAAGAAUAUCGGCUGUUACGUCGGAGCGUGGGGGGUGGAUUGGUGUGAAUUGACCCUGAAAGACGGACAGCAGCGCAAUCCACUUUUAGGAGCUGCUGCGGGCAGUUUCUUCAUCUCGAGUUAUAUUGCGUGGAAUCUAGAUCUCCAUGGACCGAGCAUGACUAUUGAGACUGCCUGCUCUUCCUCCAUGGUUGCCUUACACGAAGCGUGCCAGGCCAUAUACUCCGGAGAGUGCACAUCAGCAGUCGUCGGCGCCGCUAAUUUGAUACUUACUCCUACAUUGCACAUGAACCUGGCUUCAAGCGGCGUUCUAUCUACAUCAGGCCUCUGCAAAACAUUUGACACUACUGCGGACGGGUUUGGACGUGGAGAGGCAGUUAACGCCAUUUUCAUCAAGCGGUUGGACGAUGCUAUACGUGAUGGGGAUGUUGUUCGGGCGGUCAUUAGAGCAACCUCGGUCAACAACGACGGACGAACCGCGUUACUGACAACUCCUUCUGCCGAUGCACAGGAAGAGCUCAUUCGAGCUGCGUAUGCCAAGGCUGGCAUUGAGGAUAUCGAGAGCACUGCAUAUUUUGAAUGUCACGGUACAGGGACACAGGCCGGCGACACGACGGAAACCUCGGUCGUCACAAGGGUAUUUCCACAGGGUAUUUACUUGGGAUCGGCAAAACCUAACUUUGGCCAUUCUGAAGGGGCGUCAGGGAUCACCAGUAUGAUCAAGGCAGUAAUCUCGCUGGAAAACAAGGUUCUUUUACCUCACAUUCACAUGAAUGAACCCAAUCCCAAGAUCCCAUUUGAAAGUUCAAACUUGAUUGUUCCUCAGGAAUCCACCUCCUGGCCAGAAGGGAGAAAGGAGAGGAUCAGUGUCAACAAUUUCGGGGUGGGAGGAACAAACGUCCACGUGAUUUUGGACUCUGCAUCCGCUCUAAGUCUGAACCAAAAGGACGAAAGCGUGUCGAAUACUCUGCCACAUCCUCGGAUAUUAGUUGUGUCUGCCAAUAGCGAAAAGGCUCUUUCCCAACGGACGGAAAGUAUCAAGGUUUACUUGGACAAGAACCCGCAGUGCCUAGGAGACCUUGCCUUUACUCUAGGGAAGCGACGAGAACACCUGACCUACAGAGCCUUUGCUCUUGCAUCGGAGGGACAAGCGGUUGGACCAUUCAAUGUUGGCUCGGCUGGCUGCGAGGUCGCCCCUGACGUUACUUUUGUCUUCACCGGACAAGGAGCACAGUGGCCUGCGAUGGGAAAGGCAUUGAUUGAUUCCAAUGAGAUAUUUCGUGCGACUAUUCAGCGACUUGAUCAGGCACUCCAGAGACUUAGCAGCCCUCCGACAUGGACACUGGAAGGUCUCCUACAUACGGAUGGUAAUCGUGAGCAGCUUGACCGAGCGGAGUUUGCACAACCACUUUGCUGCGCUCUUCAAAUAGGUCUUGUUGAUCUACUUGCACAUUGGGGAAUCGCUCCGACAUCGGUGAUCGGACACUCAAGCGGUGAGAUAGCUGCAGCGUAUGCCGCUGGAGGGCUUACAGCUGAGGCUGCGAUCAUGGUGGCCUAUCACCGAGGAGAUUCACUCAGAAAAAUCCAAAGACGGGGCGGUAUGGCGGCUGUCGGACGUGGUCGGGAGGCGUUGACACCCUAUCUCAAGGAUGGCGUUCUUGUUGCAUGCGAAAACAGCCACCAGAGCGUUACCCUGUCCGGUGACUACGACGAAAUCACUCAGAUUAUCGAUAAAAUCAAGGAGGACGACCCGGACACGCUGUGUCGUCUGCUUCGCGUUGACAAGGCGUACCAUUCACACCACAUGUGGGACGCCGCGGACAGCUACGAGGCUGCGCUUCAGGCACUCUGGGUGAAGGGCUCCUCGUCAAUGAUUCCCCUUUUCUCGACGGUAAACGGGACUCAAAUAACCGAUCCCGCUCUGCUGAGCGCCCGCUAUUGGCGCCAGAACCUGGAGUGUCCUGUUCUUUUCUUGACCGGGGUUCGAGCGCUGCUCGAAUCGGACGAAGAAGAGAAAUCCCGGAUAUUUGUAGAGAUCGGGCCUCAUUCGGCAUUAUCCGGACCCUUGAGGCAAAUCCUCGCAGAUCAUCCGCGUGGCAGAUCCUCUACGUACAUACCAUCGUUGGUGCGAGGAGAAGACCCCAGAACCUCAUUGCUCUACACCACUGGUACUCUGUACAACUUCGGUAUACCUGUGGACCUUCAUAUUAUCAAUGGGGAAGGCAGUCUUCUUGUGGAUCUGCCUCCGUAUCCGUGGCAGCAUGAUACGAGAUACUGGAACCAGGGUCCUGCGGUGGAGUCCUGGAGACUGCGUCAAUACCCGCAUCACGAGUUAUUGGGGUCUCGGGUUCUGGGCUCAACGGACGCAGAACCCUCAUGGCGCAAUGUUUUGGCGCUUGAUGAUGCUCCUUGGCUUUAUGGGCACAGAGUGAUGGGGAAAUCAUUGUUCCCGGGCGCGGGGUAUGUCGCGAUGGCUGGAGAGGCGGUUCAGCAAAUUUCAACGCCUCUAGCCCAAGCGUAUCAGGUUAGUCAUCUGCUUCUCAGACACGCCCUUUUCAUGGAUAGCAACGAGUGUGUGGAGCUCAUUACCAACUUGAGGCCUGUUCGUAUCUCGGAUAUUGAGGAUUCGCGAUGGUACGAGUUCUCAAUUACGUGUGUGCAAGGCGGAGAAACAACACGGCUCUGUACAGGUCAAAUCAGGACUGUCCCAGAGUCGGCUUUUCCUGAGAUGCCUCUCCCACCUAGUACACACCCGACGAGGGCAGUCGACGCAGCCACUUGGUACAAAGCACUGCGGACGAUUGGAAUGGACUAUUCGCGGGAAUUCCGUGGCCUCGAUGAGGUGUACGCAGACCCUGUACGAUGCGAGGCCAUCGCUACGCUCAAAACCGCAGAAGUAUCCGCAAGUCGGUAUGUCAUGCAUCCAACGACCAUAGAUCGAUGCUUACAGGUGAUGUCUGUUGCGAUCUUUCGGGGGCUCACCCGUAAUAUCAAUAUUCGAUGCCUUCCAAUUCUGCUCGAGGAUGUCUUUGUUGGCCCGGAGCCAGCUGAAUUGCGUAUUCAUGCCCAAGCAGAACCACGGCAGGGCAAUUUCCUUAACGGACAGCUCGAUGCCAUGUCAGAUGGAACGAUUAAACUUUCGGUCAAAGGUGCACGACUACACAUUUUCGCUGACGAUAGCUCUCUGGAGCAAGAGACGGACUUUGCCGCGAGAAGCGUCUGGAUGCCUCAUCUCGAUUUUAUACCUGCCUCGGUCAUGGAUAGAUCACCUCUGGAAACGUUCCCAGAAAAGGAGCUUUUCAAGCGGGUAGUUGAUCUAUACAUAACAGAGACGGCGUCCCUCGCCCUCCAUAUGGACCCUGUCGAUGACCAUCUCAAGAAAUACAAAGCCUGGCUGGCUGGCCAACACACCAGGAUACGGAAUGAAAAGCCCUGGCGUUUUGCGGAUGUGGGAUACGCCAAAGUCUGCCCGUUCGACUCGUCGGACAGCGGAAAUAUGAUCGAAUGGGCGGAAAAGGAGAUUGACCGCGGGAACUACUCCACGUUGCUUCCAGCAUCUGCCUGCAUGCGGCGAAUAAUGAAGAACAUCACCGAGAUCUUUGCGGGAACACGCAAGCCGCUAUCAGUCUUGAUGGAGGAUGACGUAUUGAGGAAUCUGUAUGAUUCUCUCCUGGCCCUCGAUAACUGUGCUCAUUUCUUCGGUCCAUUGGGCCACUCGAAUCCGAGACUCAGGGUCCUCGAGGUUGGGGCUGGUACGGGUGGCGGCACGGCUACGUUUUUGAACUACCUGCACUUGCCAGAUGGCAGCCGCCUGUACUCGCAAUAUACCUUUACCGACAUCUCUGCAGGGUUCUUGACAGCUGCCAAGGAGAGGUUUGCGUGGAGGGAUGCCAUGGAAUAUGCAGUUCUGGAUAUCACGAAAGAUCCCGCCGAGCAAGGGUUCAAACUACAGAGUUAUGAUUUGAUCCUUGCUUCUAACGUCAUUCACGCUACGCCGAAGCUUAGUCGGUCGUUAGCCAAUAUAAGGUCUCUCCUGGCUCCGGGUGGACGUUUGUUUCUUCAGGAGCUGUGUGGAGAACGAAGAGAGGCAGAGUACAUAUUCGGCUUACUGCCGGGCUGGUGGGUUGGCGAGAAUGACCGGCGCUCUGAGAGGCCUUAUGUGUCUGUUGAGCGCUGGAAGGAGGAGCUAAAAGUUGCGGGCUUUGACGACGUCGUCUUCACGAUUUAUGACCAGCGUGGCAUGAUUGUAAGCCUGGUAGUGAAAGCUCCAGGACCCGCCGACCUAACACGCAGUGUAAAUUUCCUCGUCCCCGAGAAACACUCCCAGUGGGUCGUGGAUGUCCAAAAUUAUUUCGAGCAGGAGGGGUAUCAGGUGAAUGUGUGUUCUUUAAGCCAGGCACCGUCGUUGGAGGGCAAUAUCAUCUCGCUUUUGGACGCAACCGGCGCCUUUCUCUACGAUCUUGACCCAGAAGAGUUCCAACUGUUAAAGGACUGCAUCCGAGGACCUAACGUGAAGCACGUACUCUGGGUCACCAAGUCAUCGCAGAUAACCUGCAAAGAUCCCCGCCAUGGGCUGACACAGGGGUUUAUAAGGGCUUUUCAUGGAGAAUCUUGUGUCAAUGGCGCAAGCGCCGCGACUUUCGAAAUCGAAAAUUUUGACACACAGGAGAUUCCUCACUUGUUGAAGGUUUACCAACAGGCUUGCUGUACGGACCCAUCUGGAGAGCCGAAGCGAGAUGAGUACGCUCUUCACAAAGGGAUGGUACAUGUAGGGAGAUUUCACUCGACAACAAUCGAUAGAGAGCUGCGGACACCAGCAGAUCACGACUCUCCGAGAAGGCUCGGUCUCGAGACCCCAGGGCUCCUAGACUCCUUCUUCUGGAGAGAGGAUGUUCCUUCUUCUCCUGGAGCGGCAGAAGUUCGCCUGCAGGUGAAAUACGUGGGGCUGAACUUCAAGGACAUUAUCACCGCCCUUGGACUGAUCGCGUCACCAGAUCAGCUUGGGCUAGAAGGCACCGGAGUAGUGGAGUCAGUGGGCACUGGCGUGUCUCAUGUCCGGCCUGGAGACAAGGUAGUGUUCUUUGGGCCAGGCUCCUUCGCAACCCAUCUUACCAUGCCUGCUAUUCAAGUCCAUCAUCUUCCAGAUGGUUGGUCGCUUGAAGAAGGGGCGACAUCUCCGGUUGUUGCGAUAACCGCCGGCCAGUGCCUAUUAAACUUUGUGAAAUUACAGCAUGGUCAGACUGUUCUGAUCCAUUCUGCAUGCGGUGGUGUUGGUCUAGCAGCCAUUAGGAUAUGCAGAGUCAUAGGAGCCGAGAUCUAUGCCACCGUAGGAAACGAAGAAAAGGUUCAGCAUUUGAUGGAAACGUUCGGCAUACCGCGCUCACGCAUCUUCAAUUCGCGAGAUGCCUCAUUCUACGAUGACUUGAUGCGGGAGACGCGAGGCCGAGGAGUCGACUAUGUCUUGAGCUCUCUUGGUGGGGAGCUGCUUCGGACAUCGUGGAAAUGUGUGGCCCCUGGGGGGACAAUGUUCGAUAUCAGCCGACGAGAUGUCCUGGCCGAUGCCAUGCUUCCGAUGAAGUACUUCAAGGACCGCAAGUCGUUUAUUACAUUAGAUCUUGCGGAGUAUAUGGAUGGCACCAGCCGGGACCUACCUAAUUUCAACGAAAGCGUGAAGCAGGGGCUUUUCGGGCCUAUCACUCCAGUAACCUGCUAUGACGCUUCGGAAAUUUCUGCGGCCUUUCGACACAUGCAGACAGGUCAGCACAUGGGAAAGAUUGUUGUGCGGAUGCCGGAUUCCCCGGGAGAUCUUGCUGCAAGAGAGACUCGGACAGAGGUGAGAUUCUCGCCAGAUCAUGCAUAUCUGCUUUCCGGCGGCGUGGGCGGGUUGGGGCGUGCCAUCUCGCAUUGGAUGGUAGAGAAGGGUGCUCGUUGUUUGGUUUAUCUGUCACCCAGCGCAGGUGUAUCCGACGCACACCCAUCGUUCGCAGCGGAGCUCAAGUGUCAAGGAUGCGAAGCGAUAUUUGUUCCGGGAAGUGCAGCAAAACUCGCUGAUGUCCAGAAGGCCAUCUCCUUGAGCCCGAAGCCGAUCAAAGGAGUAUUUCAGCUUGCUCUCGCCUUGCAAGACCGAACGCUUGAACGCAUGGCCUAUGAAGACUGGAGAGUGCCUCUGAUACCCAAGGUCAAUGGCUCGUGGAACCUGCACCAAGCCCUCGAGGCUACCCCACUGGACUUUUUCGUCAUGUACGGAUCUGUUGCAGGUGCGUUUGGGAUGGCUGGGCAGUCCAACUACGCGGCGGGCAAUACAUAUCUUACGUCUCUUGCGAGGUAUCGACGGUCUCUUGGGUUUCCCGCUUCGGUUCUGGAUCUCGGCCCUGUUGCGGACAUUGGCUUUGUCGCGCGUAAUAUGGAGCUGAUGAAUAAGUACACCGGCCAAUUGGAAUGGCGAUUCAUUCAAGAACAAGAACUGCUGGAUGCGACCGAAGUCUUGAUUGACCGAUCGCUGUCACCCCGCAAGCCGCCAGCUGGGCCGGAGGGAAGGCUUUCCGACCCCCAUUAUCUCGCACUGGGGAUAGCAACUACAUCGGCACCCUGGCUUACCAAGCGCGGCGAUAGCCGCCUCUUGAUCCUUCUCAACCGCGCAGAGAAGGAGCAGAAGAGCGCUCCAAGCCCCGACGAUGUGGGCGACUUUAUCGUGCAAGUCGAGGCCAACCCGGGAAUCCUCGGCGAUCCAUCGACUGAGGAGUUCCUCAUUGAGAAAGUCGGAACGAUGAUGAAAUCGCCGACGCAGAACGCUGCGACAAAAAAGGUCGAUCUGAAGGCUCUUUCCAAUAUCGCGAUUGACUCGCUGGUCGCUAUUGAGGCGCGAGCGUGGGCGAGGAAGCAGCUUGGGGUGCAGAUCAGCUUGUCGGACAUUACUGCGGCAGGGACCGUGAAGGGGCUGGUGAAUUUGGCUAUUGGGGAGCUGAAGAAGCGGCAUCAGAUAGCGUAGAUAGUUGAUUAGUAUCAACCUGAUGUGGGGAAAGUGCCCCCGCCCGCUGCACUGGGUUUUCCGACGGACGCGCGAUUCUUCCAC